CGCGCGCGCGCACACACACACACACACACACACACACACGCACCAGCAACAAACGGUCUGGACACCCCCGUCCCCUACCGCCCCUCAGGCCGGAGAGGGCGGGGCAUCCCCUGCCCAGCCCCCCUGCAAGCUCAUUUCACACAUAUUUCCCAAGAGCCUACUGUGUGCAGACAGCCUGUGACCAGGCUGUCAGGCUACAGCAACCAACAAGACCAGCUGGGUCCCUGCUCUGCUGACCCUGGACACUGGUGAGGGAGCAAGAUCAGUGUGUAAACAGAGAAAUAUCCACGGUUAUUUCAGACUGUGAAGACUAAAAUUUCACGAGGCAUAGAGAGUGACUGCAGGGAAGGAUGUUCAAGAUUAAAUGAGAUUUACGGAGGCGCUGGCCGGGGCCGACAUGGCCCCUGAAGCCCCCAAGGCGCGCUAGGCUGGCGGGAUGAAGAGGAGUCGCAGUGUCCUGUCGGUGGCCCGGACCGGUGACGAGAGGCCGCGAGAUACCCCCGAGCCCGGCCGAGCCAACAUGCUCGGGGCUGCCCUCCGACGCCCUUGCCGACGCCUCUCCAUGGGCCCAGGCCUGGGCUGGGCUGAGCCUGAGCCCUUGGACACUGGGGUCCCUCUGCCACCACGGCCCACCACGCUGCCACUGCUGAUCCCCCCGCGGAUUUCCAUCACCAAAGCUGACAGCUUGGAGGCGGAGAAUGGGCCGACGCCAUCGCCAGGCCGCAGCCCCCUGGACUCGCAGGCGAGCCCGGGACUCGUGCUACACUCUGGGGCGGCCACCAGCCAGCGCCGAGAAUCCUUUCUUUACCGCUCAGACAGCGACUAUGACAUGUCACCCAAGACCAUGUCCCGGAACUCGUCGGUCACCAGCGAGGCGCAUGCAGAGGACCUCAUCGUGACACCGUUCGCCCAGGUGCUGGCCAGUCUCCGGAGCGUUCGCAGCAACUUCUCCCUCCUGACCAAUGUGCCCAUUCCCAGCAACAAGCGGUCCCCGCUGGGUGGCCCAACCCCCAUCUGCAAGGCCACGCUAUCAGAAGAGACGUGUCAGCAGUUGGCCCGGGAGACGCUGGAGGAGCUCGACUGGUGUCUGGAGCAGCUGGAGACCAUGCAGACCUACCGCUCUGUUAGCGAGAUGGCAUCCCACAAGUUCAAGAGGAUGCUAAACCGUGAACUCACACACCUGUCAGAGAUGAGCAGGUCAGGAAACCAGGUCUCUGAGUACAUCUCCACCACAUUCCUAGACAAGCAGAAUGAAGUGGAGAUCCCAUCACCCGCAAUGAAGGAUCGAGAAAAACAGCAAGUCCCACGGCAGAGACCUUCCCAGCAGCCUCCGCCCCCUGGGCCACAGUUCCAGCCCAUGUCUCAGAUCACCGGGGUGAAGAAGGUGGUGCAUAGUAGCAGCCUGAACGAUUCCAGCAUCCCCCGCUUUGGGGUGAACACCGAUCAAGAGGAACUCCUGGCCCAAGAAUUGGAAAAUCUGAACAAGUGGGGCCUGAACAUCUUUUGCGUGUCGGAUUAUGCGGGGGGCCGUUCCCUCAGCUGCAUCAUGUACACGAUAUUCCAGGAGCGGGACCUGCUGAAGAAGUUCCGCAUCCCGGUGGACACGAUGGUUACAUACAUGCUGACCCUGGAGGACCACUACCACCCCGAUGUGGCCUACCACAACAGCCUGCACGCGGCUGACGUGCUGCAGUCCACCCACGUGCUGCUGGCCACACCUGCACUGGAUGCCGUAUUCACGGACCUGGAGAUUCUCGCCGCCCUCUUCGCAGCUUCCAUCCAUGAUGUGGACCACCCUGGGGUCUCCAACCAGUUCCUCAUCAACACCAAUUCUGAACUGGCGCUCAUGUACAAUGACGAGUCGGUGCUGGAGAACCACCACCUGGCCGUGGGCUUCAAGCUGCUGCAGGAAGACAACUGCGACAUUUUCCAGAACCUCAGCAAGCGCCAGCGGCAAAGCCUGCGCAAGAUGGUCAUCGACAUGGUGCUGGCCACGGACAUGUCCAAGCACAUGACCCUCCUGGCUGACCUGAAGACCAUGGUGGAGACCAAGAAAGUGACCAGCUCGGGGGUCCUCUUGCUGGAUAACUAUGCCGACCGCAUCCAGGUCCUACGGAACAUGGUGCACUGUGCAGAUCUCAGCAACCCCACCAAGCCGCUGGAGCUGUACCGCCAGUGGACCGACCGCAUCAUGGCCGAGUUCUUCCAGCAGGGCGACCGUGAACGCGAGCGUGGCAUGGAGAUCAGCCCCAUGUGCGACAAGCACACGGCCUCGGUGGAGAAGUCUCAGGUGGGUUUCAUCGACUACAUUGUGCACCCGCUGUGGGAGACGUGGGCCGACUUGGUUCACCCAGAUGCCCAAGAGAUCCUGGACACUUUGGAGGACAACCGGGACUGGUACUACAGCGCCAUUCGGCAGAGCCCAUCGCCACCACCCGAGGAGGAGCCCGGGGGACCAGGCCACCCCCCUCCACCGGAUAAGUUCCAGUUUGAGCUGACGCUGGAGGAGGAAGAAGAGGAGGAGGUGUCCACUGCCCCAGGUGCAACUGAAGUGCAGGAAUUGUCCACCGCCCAGGACGUGUUCCCAGCUGAGGAACCGUUGGAGGUCGAUGGCCAGGACCAGUCUACAGAGGUGGAGGUAGAGGAAAUGUACUUGACACAGCAAGCAGACUCAGCAGAUAGUGUGGCUGAGGGUCAGGACGCGUCCACGCCCCCAGGUGCAUCUGUAGGCUGCAGCAGCCCCCCUGCCCUGUCUCCCGAGAGCCUCCCUCUGCCUGUCUUGAGGACCCCGCCCCCUCCAGAGGAGGACCCGGGCCUUCUGGGCCUCCCCUCCACGGCGGCCGAGGUGGGGGCCCAAAAAGAGGAUCAGGCUGCCAAAAGGGCGUGCUGCGCCUGCACAGGAACAUCGGGCGAGGAUCCAUCCACACUCCCAGCUCCUGGAGGGUGGGGGGCAGCCGGAGGCCCUACCUGAGCCUCAGCCUCUACACCCCAUUGGCCUCCCUGCCUCCCGCCACCACCAUCACCCCCCCACCUCCUCCACUGCCUCAAAGACUCUUGGGCCUCCUGAGAAAAAAGAAAACAGAAAAGUGGGGUUUUUUCUCUUUUCUUUUUUUCCCCUUUCCCCCCACCCCCUCCCAUGGGGCCUCUUUUUGGAGGUGGGGGCUGGGGAACAAGGGGCUGAGGUCCCCGAAGGGAUUUUAUUUUUGGAAUUUUAAUUGUUACAUUUUUAGAAAAAAAAAACAAAAAAAAAAACAAAAAAGCCCAGGAUGAAACACAGCAAC